GCGGCGGAGCGGACCUCCAGUCUGCAGCAACAUCGCAGCUGAAAGCGGGGUGGACUUUAAAAUAAAAACAUCCCAGAAUAUAAAACUGCUGCUGUCAAUGAACUCCUGAAAACAUUAGGCUCUUCCCAGAAGCCUUUGCUCUGACCUCCAGACUCUCCUGCUGAUGAGGGACUGAACCCUCACACUGACACAGCUCCACGGACCAGGACCAGACAGCCAUGAACCCCCAGGAGACGGAGCUCGGCCAGGAGGUUAUGGAGGAGGCCGACGCCCCCCCCCGCCACCGCCACAACAACCACAACAGCCGGUCCCGUAACCACAGCAACCAGGAAAAACGCUACAGGCGCGUUGAGGCCCCUGCAGGAGGAGGUGCUGGGAGCAGAGUGAGGGGGCCUCAGCAGCACAGGGGGCCACAGGAGGAGACAGAGGAGCCUCCACAGCCCCAGCCCAUCCCCCGACCCGCAGUGACACGGUACCGCAGACAGGGGGACAGCGAGGCCCGGGUCAGAGCCCAGCAGCAGAGGCACCGGCAGAGGCAGCAGAGGGAGGCGGAGCGAACGCAACACCUGGCCCAGCACGAGAAGCAGCGGCGCGCCCAGAGGAGCCAGGAGGACGAGCGGGAGCGAGACGAUUCAGCGCUGGCCCGCUCAGCCAGCACCGAGAGCAACUUCCACACCCACACAGACCGGGCCGAGGGCGACGACGGCCUGCUGGUGAUGUCUCUGGAGCUGGAGGGGCAGGCAGAGGCCGAGGACGACGCCGGGAACUACGAGGUCCAGCUGAGGCCUGAGGCGGAGGGGUACACUGAGAGUGCCGAGGCUGAGCAGCAACAUCUCCAUCCUCAUUCCCCCCCUCAGCCACCUGAACCCCUGCCUGAGGUCGAAAGCCCCCAGAGACAGGGUGAAGCCGAGGAGAUGCUGCACGCCGGCUACUCCAACUACGUCUACACCCAGCCCCUCAGCCCCUCCAGUGGGAGGGGCGACGUGUCGGACGGUCAGAGCCUGGAGAGUUUGGACGCUGCUCUCGGGGACGAAGCCUACUCCGAGCCAUAUGACAUAUACUCACUCUCAGAGCAUGUUUACGAGGAGAUCUGCGAUACUCCCACAUCAGUUUCAUCUGCUGCGGACGGGGCAGAGGACACAGAGUCGCUCCUGCAGAGGCGUGCCGGCUUCAAACUGUUCGAGGGUCGGGCGGCAGGGGGAGACUACCAUCAGCAGGAAGCGGUGGGCUCCCGUCUGCGGCACUACGACGAACGCUCGGACGGCGAGUCAGACAGCCCGGAGAAGGAGGCCGAGUUCGCCCCGUACCCGCGCGCCGACAGCUGCGACCAGGACGAGGACAUCGACACCAUCGUGGCUGAGGUGAAAGAAAGCCUGAGCUCUCAGAGUCUUCAUCGUGCUCUUGAAGACACCAUAGAUGAAGAAAAUGAGCUACUGGAAGGAGAGGAAAAAGCCCAAGAUGAGUCUCAGAUCGACUCUGACAAAAACCACCAAGCUGCCAACACAGGGACAGACAUGACUCAGUGUGUAAGUCCUUCAGAGGAGCCGGUCGCAGUGAGGAACAGCCAGGACAAGAGGGACGCCAUCUCCCUGGCAAUCAAGGACAUUAAGGAGGCAAUAGAGGAGGUGAAGACCAGGACCGUGAGAUCCCCGUACACUCCUGACGAGCCCAAGGAGCCGAUUUGGGUCAUGAGGCAGGACCUGAGCCCCACUGCAGAGUGCGACCUGCAGCCCUCACUGGGGGGGGACUCUCCAGGCUCAGACUCGCCCUCUCCUCCAGGAGCAGAGUCCUCCAGCAGACUCCUGCUGCAGGACGACGGCUUCCAAUCUUCUCCCUCCAGUAAAGAGACCAAGAGAAGCCUUGCAUCUUUCCCCACAUAUGUGGAAGUCCCAGGCCCAUGUGACCCAGAGGACCUGAUCGAUGGGAUCAUCUUCGCAGCCAACUACCUGGGCUCCACCCAGCUGCUGUCAGAUAAGACACCGUCCAAGAACAUCCGCAUGAUGCAGGCACAGGAGGCGGUCAGCCGCAUCAAGACGGCCCAGAAAUUAGCCCAGAACAAGAAGAAGGCCCCUGAGGGAGAGCCUCAGCCCAUGACGGAGGUGGAUCUCUUUAUUUCUACCCAGAGAAUCAAAGUGCUCAACGCUGACUCUCAGGAGACCAUGAUGGACCACCCUUUGAGGACCAUCUCCUACAUUGCUGACAUUGGUAACAUCGUGGUUCUGAUGGCUCGGCGCAGGAUGCCUCGACCCGACUCUCAGGAGAACGUGGAGGCCUCAGAUCCAGGGCAAGAGAGCAAGCGGCAGUACAAGAUGAUAUGCCAUGUGUUUGAGUCCGAGGAUGCCCAGCUGAUCGCCCAGUCCAUUGGGCAGUCCUUCAGUGUGGCUUACCAGGAAUUCUUACGGGCAAAUGGUAUUAACCCGGAGGACCUGAGCCAGAAGGAGUACAGCGAUCUGCUCAACACUCAGGACAUGUACAAUGAUGACCUCAUCCACUUCUCUAAGUCUGAGAACUGCAAAGACGUGUUCGUAGAGAAAGCAAAGGGGGAGAUUCUGGGUGUGGUCAUUGUGGAGAGUGGGUGGGGCUCCAUCCUGCCCACCGUCAUCAUCGCCAACAUGAUGCAUGCUGGGCCGGCUGAGAGGUCUGGCAAACUGAACAUAGGAGACCAGAUCAUGUCCCUUAAUGGGACCAGUCUGGUGGGACUGCCACUGUCCACCUGCCAGAGCAUCAUCAAGGGUCUGAAAAACCAGUCUGGGAUCAAGCUGAACAUCGUCAGAUGUCCCCCAGUGACCACUGUGCUCAUCAGACGGCCAGACCUGCGCUACCAGCUGGGGUUCAGCGUCCAGAACGGCAUUAUCUGUAGCCUUAUGCGUGGGGGCAUCGCUGAAAGGGGCGGGGUCAGAGUGGGACACCGCAUCAUCGAGAUCAACAGCCAGAGCGUGGUGGCCACGCCCCAUGAGAAGAUCGUCCACAUCCUGUCCAACGCUGUGGGAGAGAUCCACAUGAAGACAAUGCCUGCAGCCAUGUACCGCCUGCUGACCGCCCAGGAGCAGCCUGUUUACAUCUAAGAAGACCCAGCCCUGACCUCACACACCUCUAACUCCCCCCCCCCCCUUUCCGGCGCUCACCCUGCACCCUUCUGGUCCCAGCUGGUGGACUGUAGUGAGUUGUUAGUGGGAUUGUUCUGUUGCUCUGCCUCAUCUUCAAGUGACAACAUAGAAACCCAGAGUAUCUGUCGUCACUAAAAGAUUUGUUUUCUUACUUUGGCUAAAUGUACAAACGGUGAAAGAUGUUUACACCUGUUGCAAUUUCUGCGCCUAGUAGUGCCCCGCAAUCCUCAACACAUUUCACACUUUCAAACUUGGGAGCAGUUCCUCAGUGCAUCUCUAAUGUUCAGUUUAGGCAACUUUUAACUAUAUGGUCAUUGUUUAAUCAGAAACAUUAGAACUUCUCUCACACUAUACACCUUAUAUUUAAUGAGCAAUCUGCACAUCUAACCCUGACUGUCCUUUCUGCCAUGCUGCUAUUUCAUUGGCAGAUCACUGCCUGUGUCUUUAUAUACGUAGUUCCUCCACCAAAUUAUUGAUGUGAGGUUUUUUCUUCAGUUUCCAUGUUUUAGCUACAUUUCAUGGGACCAAGCUGGAGCCUGCUACUGUAACUCAGUGUGAACCAUGCUGACAGAUGAGUGUGAGCACACACUUCCCCUUGGCACAUUCCAUAUGUCCGCUGCUUUGGAAGAGUUGACGCUGCACAUUUCCAACAGAUACAUUUCUGACUCCAUUGUCACGGUCAGUGUUGGCUGAUCAUUUAUUACAUUUUUGUAUCCUCUGUACAGAGCACAAGCUGUAGCUCCGUCAGCAUGUGACAACACCAACUAAAGUAAUGCUGUGCAAACAUGGGGGCGUAACAUCACACCUGCACCACCAUGUCCCUGUGUCAAGGUGUUGGCACAAGACAGGGAUGGAAUGAUUCGAAAUAAUCCCAGGCGGUUUUUCUCAAACAAAGUGAACCAUAUACUGUAUGAAGUUCUAUCGCUUCACUCCCCUAAAACCUUAAAAAGAAAAACUCUGCCUAUUCUAUAGAGCGUGAUGUACUUUUGUUGGCCGACUCUGAAGUUAGAAAAAAAACGAUGGGAUUUUGGAUUAAAAUGUGCGUUGGUAAACACAUGUUCAUGAUACUUUCACCUUUUGUUCAGCAGGGUAAUCUCCAAAUCUGAACACCACUUUUCUUAUGUUUGAAGCCAAAAUGCAAUCCCCAGAAGUAAACAACGAACAUAAUGCUAUAAACGGACUACAUCAGGGUCACAUGACUGAGCCAAACAUUAAGCAAGGUGGCUAAUGUUUGGCUAAUGAUGUUAAGCAGUCUUAUUUAGACUCUGGACAUUCACCAGAGGGUUUUUUACUGACAUAUUUUAUGUCACAUCUUGUAAGCUUGUGUUAACCAUAGACCUUAUUUCAGGCUUCUAACCAAAGCAUUUACAAAGAAACAGGACCGGAAAUGGUAAAAUAAUUAACUAACUAAUUUUUGGGUUUUGUAGCUCAUUCCUGCACCUCUCUUUUGAACGCAAACAGUUCCAGGAAAUUAAGCCUUUAUAAUUUGGCCUCUCUGAUUUAUUCAUUGCUGGUUUGAUAAUGUAGUAAUAGGUAGGUAAUGGAGUGUGCUCUGGACUACGUCAUGCCAUUGUAUGUGGAUGCACAAAGCACUCAACUGCAUGCUGUACAUGUGUAUAGUCUGUUUCCUCACUGAUCUCUGUACACAGGACACUGCUCGUAGUGCAUACAAGCCACUUUAAAUGAUCUAGCUAUAGGCGAGUAUGGCACCAACAAACAAAGGCUGGCCCCUAAUUAUUAUUCCGCAGCUCAACAACAGUCAUGGCAUCAUGUCACUGACUUUCGCUUUCUCUUGCUAACAACAGUCUUAUUCAGUAAAUCAUUCCAGUGGCUUCUACUUGCUUUUUUUUCUUUUGUUAACUACUACUUAUGAAACUUGGCUGCAGUUUUCACAUUAAAAGUCUACAUUUUAUGGCUUUAUUCCCUUUAAGCCACCGGUUUUUAGCCAAGGUUUUUAAUGUUAACUGUGGGUUCAGGAGGUGUUUCGUGUAAGUGACAGCAGCUGAAAGUUUCAAUCCCAAAGAUCUCUCUCUGUGUCUGCAGCUGUGUUUUGUAGAUUUCACUUCCCACGAGAUCCUGCAAAUACCCAGUUUGUAAUACUGCAAAUAUAUACAUUUUGCAACACAUUUAUCAGGGUUUAGUCUGCAUUGACAGAACAUUAAAAGAGGAGCAGAUAAGAACAUAUUAAAGGUGGGGUAGGUAAGUUUGAGAAACCAGCUCGAGAUCGCUAGAAUUUGAAAAUACAUAACCGGAGAA